CCCGGUGACGUAGGCGGGCCGGCGCCGGGGUGACGCUGCUGUCGCCGGGUCCGGGACGGGGAUGGGAUGAGGAUGAGGAUGGGGCCGGCGCUGCUCCUGCUCCUACAGCUCGGCCUGGCGCACGCCAUCUACUUCCACAUCGGCGAGACCGAGAGGAGGUGUUUCAUCGAGGAGAUCCCCGACGAGACGAUGGUGAUCGGUAACUACCGGACUCAACUCUGGGAUAAGCAGAUGGAAACCUUCCUGCCGUCGACUCCAGGACUGGGAAUGCACGUUGAAGUGCGGGAUCCUGAUACGAAGGUGAUCCUGUCCCGGCAGUACGGCUCGGAGGGGAGAUUCACCUUCACCUCGCACACUCCCGGCGAGCACCAGAUCUGCCUCCACUCCAACUCGACAAAGAUGUCACUGUUUGCAGGUGGCAAGCUGCGGGUGCACCUUGACAUCCAAGUGGGGGAACAUGCCAAUAACUACCCAGAAAUCGCCGCUAAAGAUAAACUGACAGAGCUUCAGCUGCGUGUGAGACAGUUGCUGGACCAGGUGGAACAGAUUCAGAAAGAACAGAACUAUCAGAGGUAUAGGGAAGAACGGUUCCGGCUGACGAGUGAAAGCACCAACCAGCGGGUCCUGUGGUGGUCGAUUGCCCAAACAAUCAUUCUGAUCCUCACUGGGAUCUGGCAGAUGAAGCACCUGAAGAGCUUCUUUGAGGCCAAGAAGCUGGUGUAGACAUCAUCCCACUGCCGUCCAUUGCAAGAACAUGGCAACAAAACUCAGCCCCCCCCCCACCCCCAGCUGACUGAUCUACAACCAGUGUGACGUUACACAUGUGGUACGAGAGGCUUCCAUUGACAGGAUGGGAGACAAAGGUUUACUUACUUCUAAGAUGUUACAUGUUGUGGAACAGUUAGUACACGGGUCCCAGUGUGUCCUUGAAGAAAUGUUAAUUCAUAGUUAAGUGUGAUUGUAGAAUCAAAGAUGGAGCUUGCUGCUGAAGAGACUGCGUUCCUGAUUAUCCUGCACUUUGGAUCGGAGAAGACUCGCAUCAAACUUUUCUGUGGAAUGUAACCAUCCUAAAGAGUUCUUCGCAUUUUGCCAAAAUGUUCAUGAUGCCACCUUGGUGUCUUCCCUUGCCAGUCUGGGCAUCCACAGAGGGCAGAAUGAGUCGAGUGUUUGGGUUUUUGCAAGGUGCACACUGAGACUAGAUCACCCUGCCUCCUGCAUCAGUGACCACCCAGCCAUAUCCCUUCAACUCUGAAAUCAUAACUCGCUGAAAUCCUCCUCAUGUCUCAAAAACUCGCAGGAGCAAACCCAGGGCAAAGAAACUGUUGCAAACCUGUUGACGGGGAAUUCUUCACUGCUACCUCCCACCAGAGACCCUGAAAACACACACUGUUUACACAGUUGUCAUACAGCAUGGAAACAAGCCCUUCAGGUCAACCAAGAUGUCCCAUCUACGCUGAUCUCAUUUGCCCACAUUCAUCCCAUAUCCAUGCGCCUGUCCACAUGUUGUUAUUGUGCCCAUCUCCACUACUUCCUCUGGCAGCUCGAUCCAUAUACCCACUGCCUCUGUAUGGAAAAAGUUGACCACGGGUUCCUAUUAAAUCUUUUCCCCUUCACCUUAAACCUAUGCCCUCUAGUUCUUGAUUCCCCUAUCCUGGGAAAAAGACACUCUGCCUUCAUCCUAUCUACUCCCCUCACGAUUUUAUAUACGAGAGAUGGCGAUGGCGAUGAUGGUGGAUGUGAAAGUGACAUUUAGAAGGCUUUUAGAUAUGCUCAUGAAUAUGCAGGAAAUGGAGGGAUAUGGAUCAGGCACAUGAGGUUAGUUUAUCAUGGCAUUAUGUACAUUGUGGGGCGAAUGGCCUGUUCCUGACCUAUACUUUUCUAUGUUUAAGAUCAUCCCUCAGCCUCCUGCACUCAGUGAAUAAAGUCCUCGCCUGCCCAACCUUUCCCUAUAGCUCAGGCUCUCCAACCCUGGUAACAUCCUUGUAAAUCUUCUCUGCACCCUGUCUGCCUGCAUGGCAUCUUUCCUACAGCAGGGUGAUACGAUAGCCCAAGUGGAGCCUCACCAGCACCUUGCAACAACUAACAUAGAAACAUAGAAAAAAAGAAAAUAGGUGCGGGAGGAGACCAUUCGGCCCUUCGAGCCAGCACCGCCAUUCAUUGUGAUCAUGGCUGAUCAUCCCUAUCAAUAACCCGUGCCUGCCUUCUCCCCAUAUCCCUUGACUCCACUAGCCCCUAGAGUAUCUAACUCUCUUAAAUCCAUCCAGUGACGGCCUCCACUGCCCUCUGUGGCAGGGAAUUCUAUAAAUUCACAAAUCUCUGGGUGAAAACGUUUUUUCUCACCUCAGUCUUAAAUGACCUCCCCUUUAUUCUAAGACCGUGGCCCCUGGUUCUGGACUCACCCAACAUUGGGAAAAUUUUUCCUGCUUAAAGUCACAACUUCUAUACUCAAUAUAUGCAAACAAGCAACUGCAGUUGGUUUACAAAAAAACAGUGCGUACAGGAGUAACUCAGCGAGUCAGGCAGCAUGUCUGGAGAACAUGAGUAAGUGACGUUUCAGGUCAGGUUUUUUUCUUCAGAUUGAAGUUGGGUCCCGAUCCGAACCUUCACCUAUCCAUAUUCUUGAAGGAUGCUGCCUCUCACUGAGUUUCUCCAGUACUUUGCACCUAUUUUCCCCUAUACUCAAUACCCUAACUGAUGACCAGCAUAGGAGGAACAAUUCUAUUCCCUAGAUUAUUUCUGGUCCCUGUCUCGAAAGAGCCCUGGUGUUGCAGGUUGGGAUAGAUGAGUAACGUGGAACUUAGUUCUAUGUCCGUACAGAGAGUGGAGAGACUGCGUAUCUCCCUCUGUGACCCCGUGUCUGGCUGAAGCAGUGCCCCUGAAGCCACAUUUAACAGCCUGGCUUUAACACUGUGUGGACAGGGGGGGGCUGAAGCAAAUGGCCGAGCCUCUGCUCCCCUGAGUUCUGUGGGCUGGGUGGUUUUAAUGGCUUUAAAAGGCUGUCUCCCCUCCACAAGGCCCGAGUACAUCCGGGGGGGGGGGAUGCGAUGCCUGGAUUUCUGACAGCCUGUAGGUGCAUCUUGUCUUUGGGACCACACGAGAGAGUGCCUACUCCUGUUCUGGCCCAGGCUCCUCUCCGCAGCAGGUUGGUUUGUGUCACCACACAGAUGCAGGUUAAUCGAGCCCUGAUGAAGAAUGAUGACUGCCGGCUCUGGCUCUGCCUGCUGGCUUGGUUUGUGCCCUGUGGAUAACACUUACAGCUGCUUCUGCCCACUGGUUUCCAGUAAGAUCCACUCUGUGAAUGGCAGUGAGAAGGGAUCGCUGCAAGCUCUUCAGUUGCCCACAUCCCCCCUCCAGCUCACCCCUUUGCACGGAGUUCUGACCUUACUGUUGUGUGAUGCACUGAAUCUGUGCUGUGGUGUAAGGGUUCACUUAUGGACAGAGAAAGCUGCUACACUGGAAACAUGCUUGGGCGAGCUGCAUCGUGAGAACGUGGCGAUUGCCCCAGUUUGUCCACUCCCUCUGUUCCCCUAGGCCGGCCAUUCUGGCACAUAUUGCAUUACUGGACUGGGAGAAAAAUAAACAUUUUAAAUA